UAUAUGUAUUUUGCGUUUUCUCCUGUGAGAGGUUAUUUAAUCAAUGUAGGAAAUUUGGAUUGAUAUAUUAUGUUGUCCAGAACGAUAAUUAAUUAUAUUAUUAGGAAAUCGAUAUGCAGCAAUGCACGUGCUUUCUACUACGCACAAAACUUACAAUCCAAUUUCUUGAUACGUGAUAAUAGUACAAAGGAAUACAAUAUACAAAAUCACUCUAACCUGUAUAUAGCGAAAAGAUUCAAAUAUAUUAGAAAAAAAACCGCUGACAAUAAAAAGAGUAAGGAUGAGGAUUCCGAUGAAGAAGAGAAAAAUGAAGAAGAAGCACCUGCUGGUUCAAAGAUAUUGACACUAAAUAUUUCAUCUCUUCGAUUAGAUACUAUUUCCAAAGCUGGAUUUAGUACAACACGCAAUAAAGUGGAGGAAGCAUUUUAUGCAAGUAAGUUUCGUGUAAAUGGAGAGAAGGUGUUUAAAAAAUCUGUUGAGGUGGAUGUAGGAGAUGAAAUUGAUAUGAUUUCACAACGAAGUUUGGAUAACCCAGGAUUUCUCAUUGUAAAUAGAAUUGUGAUACUAUCAGUAAGUGCUGGAUCUAAUAAUGUAAAAGUUAAAUUGGCCAGAGAUAAAAACUUACUAAUUGAAGAUUAUGAGGAACCCUGGUCAGGUGAAUAAUUUUUGUAGCACUUUAAUAAAAUUAUGUGAAACUACAAUAAAAAGAUAAAAUAUAUUUUUA